GAAACAGGAAGGCACUGACCACAGUGCAGAACCAGUAACCUUGCCUGGUGUGUGAUCAUUAACCUUGCUGGAAAAGGCAGCUGGGAGCUCCUUUCGAAAGCUUGUCAUUAGAAUGUGAGCUGAGCCAGAGAUACUGCAGACACAUUUCCGGGAGGGUGUCUGUAGAUUGGCUGCAAGUGUUUGAAAUAUCGGAUCCACUUGGUGCCGGUCUGCCAAAAUGAGGUUCCAGCAGCUCCUUUUGACCUGGAUUUUGCUCCUCAUCCUUGUGCUCCUGAUCAACGGACAGAGGCCAGUUAACCUGGCUUCAAGGCGAAAACUCCACAGACAUCACUGUUCCCACAGGAGAUGCAUGCCCCUUCAUUCCAGAGUGCCCUUCCCCUGAGCAACAUGACACACAGAAAUGCAGCAGAUCAUGCUUUCUCAACCUGGAGAAUUUCUUCAUGUCAGGCUGUUCUUAGAGAUACAGAAAUAUGUUACAUCAAAAACAAAAGAAACUCUUAUCAUUUAGCUCCAUAACAGCCACGUUUUGCUGAAUGUGCACCCUUUUAAACCGGGGAUGCCCUCCAGAUGUUGUUGAACUUCAUCUCCCAUCAGCCCCAAUCACCAUGGCCAAUGAUCAAGAAUCAUGCCAAUUCAAUCCAGCAACAUCUGGAGGGCCAUAGGUUUCCCACCACUACUUCAAACAUUCCCGUUUCACCACUGGGUAGCUGCUCCAGGGAAAUGUGGUUAGGGGCUAAGGAUGUUUUUUUAAGGGUUGUAUCCUAGACUGAUUUGGUAAAGAUGAAAGAAUUCAAAUGCCCUUUUAUACAAGAUCCAAAAGAGCAGCUAUGUUAUUUUAUAGCAAGAAAAAGACAAAGUGUGAGGAGGCAUAGACUAACAAGCUUGCCCUGGCAGGAGCUCAUGUGCCAUCCUAUUCAAAAUAGUGAGUAGCAGACUGUUUGAAGGAAGAACUGGGAGGUCUUUGAUUUAAGAUUGCAUUCCACUGUAUAAAGCUGAAGUAGUACAUUUGAAACCAAGUGGGGGUCCUGCAGCUUAAAUAAUGGGAGGUGCAAAGGAUCAAUGGUCUACAGUCUAUGGCACCAUAUAAAUGCAAACACUUUUGCCACUCCAGAAGCACACAGGUAAAACAUGUAAAUAUACCACAGCAAGGAUCAAAAGGAUGCCAAACCUCCCUUUUGGAGAAGCAUACCAUUUACAGAUGAAUAAAACAUGCCAUUGAUAGCUCUCUCUCUCUCUCUGUGGUAUGGAUAAUGGCAUAGCCUUAGGUAGUUUAGUUGUAAUAAAUAAAAAAUGACUAUAAUCCCAAAAAUCAAUUCUCUUAAAAUGUCAACUAAUCAGGAGUGAGCAUCUUUAAGGGCCAGUAACUGCCUUUCAAAAACAAUUUACAUUUUCUAAGCAGCUCCAUUGAAGUAACCAGUGCCCGUGCUUGAAACUCUUAUGAAAUCUAUCUGUGCAGAAGCUGGGAGAAAACUACACCCAUCUCAAAUAUUUCUGACACCAUGUGUCAGCCAGUUUUAUUUACCUGUUCUUUAUCUUGCAUCAUCAAUGCCACUCUGGCAGAGCUUGGAAAAGUUAGUUUUUUAAUCUACAAUUCCCAUCAGCCCCAGCCAGCAUGGCCACUGUAGUUAAAAAAAAAAAAACUUUUCCAAGCUCUGCACUCUGGGCUUGUUUGGGAGAAAGAGUGGAAUAUAAAUUGAAUAAAUAAUAACAAAUAAUGUGCGUAGCAUUUUACAGCAUGUAAGAGUGCAGGUUCCUAUCUCAAGGGCUAACAAAACAUCAGUGACAUAAGAGCCCUGCUGGAUUGGACCAAAGGCCUAUCUAGUCUAGCAUUUUGUUCCCAUAAUGGUCAACUAGAUGCCUAUGGGAAGCUCACAAGCAGCAUGUGAGCACAAUAGCGCUCUCCCGGCUCAUGUUCCCCAGCAACUGGUAUUCAGAGGCACACUGUCUUGGAUGUUAGAGAUAAUAUAUAGCUACCAUGACUAGUAGCUAUUGAUAGCCUCAUCCUCCAUGAACAUAUCUAACUUCCUUUUAAACCCAUCCAGAUUAGUGACAUCACUACAUCUGUGGUAGCGAAUUCCAUAGUUUAACUAUGUGCUGUGUGAAGAAGCACUUCCUUUUGUUUAUCCUGAAUCUACCAUUCACAACCAAGGAGACAGGAGAGGAAGGGGGGGCAGAAGCAGAGGCAGGAGUAAACAGGGAAAGAAUGUGUGUUAUGUCAGUUACAUGUAACUUAGGCUUAGUUACAAAGGAAGUCAGUGUAGGUCAGAAGCAAGGAAUAUUAAUUAUGCCCAAAGCAACCUGCAUUGAAAUACAAGUGGGAAUCUCACACCACCAGAAAACAGCUGAUGUUCGUAAGACUCAAGAAGCUUCAGUAAACAAAAACUAAGAGUUCUUCCAUAUAAACAUCACCUUUGCUUAUACGUUAUGCUAUAAGUAACCAAGGUGGGGAAUGUGUGAGCAUCCAGUCUGCAUUGAUGUCGGAAUUACUUUUUAAGAUUUUUUUUAAAAAAACUCUUUUUUUAAAAAAAAAUGUUUUUAAAGAUACUUUGUUUUAAUAUGUUUUCAGAUGUGUAUGUUUUAAUAUGUUUUUACAUUUGCUUUCUUUUAAUAUAUUUUAAAGACUUGUUUUUAAGAUGUUUUAGAAUGGUUUUUAGAGUUUUUGCUUGCUGCCCCGGGCUCCUUCUGGGAGGAAGGGUGGGAUGGAUGGAUGGAUGGAUAAAUAAAUAAAUAAAUGCCUCAUCACCACCAUGCUAACUUUUUCAAGAUCCUAAUCAGCUACAGCACUGGUCUUUCAGAAAUACAUUAUAUGCACUUUUAGAGAAAGAUGAUUUUAAAAAAAGCUUUAGUAGCAAGGCCCACCUGUGUGUCAAUUACAGCAGGUGGCAGAUUAAGCGAGAGCUGAGUGGUAUCAACAUAAAGAUAUCAAGCCAAAGCAAUCACAUCAGCUCACUCAGCAUGCAGGAAUUUAGGAGCAUUGUAGAAUUCAGAAGUGGGAGGAGAGGGAGUCCUAGAGCCACUAGCUGUACAGAGUGGAUUCAAUCAUCUCCUUCCUGUACUCGCAGCGUUUCAUGACCGUGUAGCCAGUUUCUAAUGUGCCUUGAAAUACAAUGCAUGCAAGUUGAUAUUACAGAGCCUGGGUAAUAAAUAUGCACUUAGGUGAAUUUCCUACCCCUCCUUACGCAGAACAUCUAUUUGCAAGACUAAAAGCUCUUUUGUGGCUAGUUACAUUUGGGGAACUGCUUGCUCGUAACAACAGAAACAGCCAGUGAACAGAAACACAUGCUCUUAACUAUGACCUGGUCUAGAGAUAUUUUGAGCAACUGAAAUAUUUUUGUGUGUCAAGCAAGGGAAGGGAAAGGGCGGGGACAGAGUUCAAAAUUUCAAACGUGGAUGCAAAGGUUUCACGAUGCAUUCUAUACAGCAAUAUGUAUGUGGCAACUUCCUGUGUAUUGGUUUAUAGGGAGGUAAGCCAUGUAUGGAACCCACACGUUUUCAAGCUGACCGCUCACAGGAGUACUAAUGUUCUUAAACAGUUAAGUAUUUGUCAAAUCUAGGCUCUGUCCAUGGUUCUGGGUACUGCUGCUGUUCCCUAUGGAUUAACCCACUAGAGCAGCGAUGAGGAACUUAUGACCCUUCAGAUCGGGAGUAGUGAACCUGGUGGCCUCCAGAUAUUGUUGGACUCCAAGUCCGACCACCCCGAGCCUGCAUAGCUAAUAAGGAAUGAUGCAGUCCAACAAGAUGUAAAGGCUCCAUGCUAGCUACUCCAGAUGUUGCUGGACUACUUCCAUCAUCCCCAAACAUUGGCCACACUGGCUGGGGAUGAUGGGAGGCAGAGUCCAACAUCUUCUAGUUCACCAUGGUCUACAGUAGAGUUACAGGUAGUUGAGCUGCUGUUGCACAGGUAGUAGCACCUUAAGAUAAAAUAAAGCUAAGCUUACCAGGAAGGCCUCUCCUUCAUGUUUCCUACAUGAGGCUGCUUAGGGCUGUUAACAUGUAUUCGUCACACAUUAUAUAAUGUUCCAUGAUAGCUCAUGAGGCUCAGAGCCAUAUUUUUGUCUAACUACUUGGCAAUAAUUUCAGUUCCCACACAAUUGCCAAUCGUGAUAAAAGAGUUGUGUGUCAACAUAAGGUUUAUUGAAAUUUGAAAUAUUCCUUUUAAAAACCAGUCCAGUAAUAAGAAAUGCCUUGUAGGCACUUUCAUCAUAUUACUUUGGAGAAGAAAUAUUUAAAUUGUUAAUGGAAAAAUGAGCAGAGCUGUCUGAUGUAUUCAGUCAUUGCACUGACCUAAUUUUGAGAUUAGAUUACAAAAGAGAAUGUUUUCUCUGCUAGACUUUUUACUGUGGCAGCAGAUUCAUAACGUCCUUUAAAACCCUAGCCUGCUCUUGGAGAGGAUGAAUUGCUACGGACAAGACAGAGGCAUGAAAGGUCAUAGCCGUGCUAUGGCACUUGAAUGCAAGUAGGUCCCACUAACAGAGAACAGAAAUUCUAUUAAUAAUAUUUAUAGUGUGUCAUCAGGGUACACAGCAUCUUACAGAGUUACAUACACAACACAGUCAAGUCCCUGCUCGCAAGGAGCUUACAAUUAGGGUGGCCGUUUAAGGAUUACCACAAAAGAGGAAAUGUCUUACAAAGAAAAGAGAGGGACAAAAGAUAACACAGAUUUGCAUAACAUAUGUGCAUACUAAUGUAUGAUGCAAAUUUAGAAGGACUUAAUAUAAUUUAAAUAGUAAUACAAUACAGCUCACCAUGGUGACCCUUGUGCUUUCCAGUGCUAAUUGUAGAUGGGCAAUGUCCAGGCCCCUUCUCAGGGUUCUUCAUGAACAAGACAGCCCUCAAAACAGAGGACUGUCCUUUGUGAAGGACACAUGUCCCAAUGUUGGGCUGGGCAUCAAAAAAUUCCAUAGACCCUGCACAGCUUGAGCCUUGUCAUA